CGUAUCAUCAUCAUCAUCAUCAUCAUCUAAUCUCUGAUUCUAUAAUCUCUCUCAAAACCCUAGAAUCGCGCUCUGCAAAUCUCAUACGAUUCUCUCUUUUAAGAUGCAAAUUUUCGUGAAAACACUCACUGGCAAGACCAUCACUCUCGAGGUUGAGAGCUCUGACACCAUUGACAAUGUUAAGGCGAAGAUCCAGGACAAGGAAGGCAUUCCUCCGGAUCAGCAAAGAUUGAUCUUCGCUGGUAAACAGCUAGAAGAUGGCCGUACCUUGGCAGAUUACAACAUCCAGAAAGAGUCAACCCUUCAUUUGGUUCUCCGGCUGAGAGGUGGUAUGCAGAUCUUUGUGAAGACUUUGACUGGCAAAACCAUCACCCUUGAGGUUGAGAGUUCAGACACUAUUGACAAUGUUAAGGCUAAGAUCCAGGAUAAAGAGGGAAUCCCACCGGAUCAGCAGAGACUUAUCUUUGCCGGUAAACAAUUAGAGGAUGGUCGCACACUUGCGGAUUACAAUAUCCAGAAGGAAUCAACCCUUCACUUGGUUCUUCGUCUCCGUGGUGGUAUGCAAAUUUUUGUGAAGACUUUGACUGGCAAGACUAUCACCUUGGAAGUUGAGAGCUCAGACACAAUUGAUAACGUCAAGGCUAAGAUUCAGGAAAAGGAAGGGAUCCCACCAGACCAACAAAGACUCAUCUUCGCUGGUAAACAGCUUGAGGAUGGUCGCACACUAGCGGAUUACAACAUUCAGAAGGAGUCAACCCUUCACCUUGUGUUGCGUCUUCGUGGUGGUAUGCAAAUCUUUGUGAAGACUUUGACAGGCAAGACUAUCACGUUGGAGGUUGAGAGCUCAGACACCAUUGACAACGUCAAGGCCAAGAUACAAGACAAGGAAGGGAUCCCUCCGGACCAGCAGAGACUCAUCUUCGCUGGAAAACAGCUUGAGGAUGGUCGGACACUGGCAGAUUACAACAUCCAGAAGGAGUCGACUCUUCACUUGGUUCUUCGUCUUCGUGGUGGAAGCUUCUGAGCUUUGUGAUCUGUGGUCAAAGGUGUUGUUGUUCGAUUGAAGACUCGUGCACUUGGAAAGUGAUUGCUGCAAAAGAAAAAGACUUUUCUCUAUCGCCUGUUUGGUUUUAUUUUCUGUUUUCGUUGUAUGUACUUUUGUCCUAAACCUGUAGGUUUGGCUUCUCUACUCUAUGUUUCAAGUUCUAAUAAUAAUCCAAGUGCACUUUAGAAAGAAUGCUGUGAUUUCAA